CUCUAACCCAUAAAAAUCAAAAUUUUCAAUGUAUUCUUACACCCUAAUAGAAACGCCCAAAUUUGUGGCCUUGGAAUUCAAAACCCUAACCAAAACUCUUACUUGAUUUUCUUCGAUCCCAUCCCGAAAUGUUCAAAUUUUCCUCCUCAUUUCUUCUACAUUUCAUCCAAAAACGUUUUCUCAAUACCGUUUCUACUUCUACAUUGCCUUUAGCCUCCGUUUCUACCGUCGAAUUCCUCACAAAUUCAUGUGGCCUUUCUUCAGGAUCUCCUACUUCCAACGGUCGAAAGCUCCAAUUCGAUGAAAAAAACAUCCAGCAGUACGAAGCCGUUAUCGGUUUCUUGAAAUCACAUGGAUUGGAGAAUCCACAGAUCGCCAAGUUGGUCUCAAGGAAACCUUGGAUCCUUCAAUCCAAAGUACCCACCAAUCUGAAGCCUAAAUUUGAGUUCCUCCAGGAAACCGGGUUCGUCGGUCCUUUACUUCCUAAGGUAAUUCUAACAAACCCUGGGAUUCUUCUCAGGAGCUUAGAUUCUCACUUGAAACCAUCAUUUCGUCUCAUAAAGGAAAUGCUUGAAUCGGAUGAAAAGGAAAAUACUGAAAGCAAAAGCGAAGAAGAGGAACAAGGAGAAAAAGAUGAAUAAUGAGAAGAAGAUAAACAAGUAGAAGAAGAUAACGAUGAAGAAGGGGAGGGUGAGACAGUAGUAGAUGAAGAUUUGAGUUCAUAGACGAGUGAACAAGAUGAAAGACCAAUGGAUAAUAGGAAGAGAAAAAAGACUAUGGAGAAAGGAAAGAAAAUAAACACAUGGUUAAUUUGAUAAAGUGUUGAUUAUUUUCUGUAUUGGCAAUAAAUUUUCGUUUUAUAACAUAGGUGAAGGCUAUUAAAAAAGAACAAAAUGCAAGAGAAGAUCAAAGGAAGAAGGGAAAAGCACCAAUGAAACCGAAAAAAUCCGAGGUAUGUGUUGUAUACUGCAUGCCGUCAAUGUGAAGUAUGAUAGUUACAUAGUAUUUGUGACUUUGUUGUAUGUGAUUCAGCCAAUUACACUAUAUUUGUGUAUUGUAAAUGUAACUCGUGCUCUG